AUUUUCAGUAUCUUUUUUUGCGGGAUGAUAGGCGGGAUACGUCGAUGUUUGCAGCGGAUUUUUUUGUCAUCAUCGAUGACUACCGUAACAACGAUGAAGCAAUUAAUCAGCGUUGCUGAGUAUACGCAACGUCGCUCGAAUUUAAUUGCCAAAUUGCGACAUACGAUCUCAGAAAUCAAGAAUAAAUCUGUGGUUGUGGUGUUGCGAUCCGCUGUACGCCAAUUCUAUGCUCCGGAUGUACCAUAUCCAUUCCACCAGUGUUCAUAUUUUCGGUAUUUUACCGGUUUAAACCAACCAGAUGCUGUGCUCGUUAUAACAGCUGGAGCAGAGCAGGAACCGAAGUCAAUUUUGUAUAUUGGAAAACGUUCUGAAAAGCAAGAAUUAUGGGAAGGUCCUGGGUUGAGUGCCAACGAAAUUGCAAAUAUCAGUGGUCUAGAUGAAAUUAAAGAACGAAAUGAGCUAAUUCCUGAUUUACAAAUGCUGUUAAAUACUGGCGGUUGUGCUGUUUCAUAUGAUACUACAACAAUUCAUGCUAUACGGGAUGGCCUUCCUGAGGUGUUGUCAGCGUGUAAUACGUCUGUACCAGUACGUGAACAUAUUGAUACUUUACGAUGGAUUAAGUCAUCAGCCGAACAACACCUGAUGCGCCGGACAUGUUGGAUCGGAGCACAGUCUAUGAAUGCAAUGAUAGCAAAAAGUCGAGGGGCUAGUAAUGAAAACGAAAUUGUCGGGCGAUUAGAGCUGGAGAUGCGACGUCGUGGCGCUGCCGGUCUUGCCUAUCCACCAGUAGUAGCUGCUGGCAAUCGUGCUAACAUCAUACAUUAUCUGGAUGCAGAUAAGGCAAUCAAUAGUGGUGAUACAAUGCUUGUAGAUGCUGGCUGUGAUUACGAUGGUUAUUCAAGCGAUAUCACACGGGUUUUCCCAAUUUCUGGUCAUUUUAGUGUUCCACAAAGAGCUAUCUAUGAUGCUCUGAAUGACGUACAGUCUCGUCUCCUAGAUUAUCUUAGGCAAACUGAAUUGCUGAGACUAAAUGAAAUAUAUCUAGCAAUGAUCGAAUAUAUUGCGGAGAAUCUUUCUGAAGUAGGAAUGUAUCCGAGCAGUAUGGGAAAGGAGGAAUUGCUCUUUGAAGCGGAUAGAAUCUGUCCUCAUCACGUGAGUCAUUAUCUUGGAAUGGAUGUACAUGAUACUGCUUCUGUGGCUCGUAAUAUCCCCUUACAAGCGGGAGUUGCAUUCACCGUAGAACCAGGUAUUUACGUUCGGCAUGAUAAUGAAAAAGUGAGGAAUGAGUUUCGUGGUAUUGGCAUGCGUAUCGAAGAUGAUAUUUUGCUUGAUUCGAAUGGUGCAGUGGAAGUGCUUACUAAAGAUGCUGUUAGAGAUCCAGAAAGCAUCGAAUUACUAAUGAUGACAGGACGUGUUGAGCAAAACAAUGAUGACCUUUGUAUGUUGCGAAAUUUAUCUCAGUGAUUAGAAUAGAAUGUAAAUUUCAAACUGUAUUCUGAAACCAUGAAUUAUUUCGAUGACGUGAUGAAGGAUUAUUUCCUGUAAUUUCAUCAUAUUACUGCUCUUUUUUUCUCAUUAUUAUGCAUGUCUCUAUUCCAGAAGAAUUUAUCGUUGUUGCUGCUUGUUAACAAUCAUUUGAUUAAAAUAUGUAUAAAAUUUAC